UGUGAACUUGUUUCCGCGAAUAAAUACCAAGUUAAACUCCGCGACAAAAACCCUAGAAGCAGAAGGCUAGUGAAAGCUCUAUUUUCCGCAGGGUCGCCUCUGCUCCAACCGGACCACGAUGAAGUUCAACAUUGCGAACCCUACUACGGGAUGCCAGAAAAAACUGGAAAUCGAUGAUGACCAGAAGCUACGUGCAUUUUUUGACAAGAGGAUCUCACAAGAGGUCAGUGGAGAUGCUCUUGGAGAGGAAUUUAAGGGAUAUGUUUUCAAAAUCAUGGGAGGUUGUGACAAGCAAGGUUUUCCCAUGAAGCAGGGAGUGUUGACUCCUGGACGUGUUCGUCUCUUGCUUCACAGAGGAACCCCUUGUUUCCGUGGAUAUGGAAGGCGCAAUGGGGAACGCAGGAGGAAGUCCGUCCGUGGAUGCAUUGUGAGUCCUGACCUUUCUGUUUUAAACUUGGUAAUCGUGAAGAAGGGAGAGAAUGAUCUGCCUGGACUGACUGAUACUGAGAAACCAAGAAUGAGGGGACCCAAGAGGGCAUCAAAAAUCAGAAAGCUCUUUAAUCUCUCAAAGGAGGAUGAUGUUAGGAAGUACGUGAACACUUACCGAAGAUCAUUCACAACAAAAUCUGGAAAGAAGGUUAGUAAAGCACCCAAAAUACAGAGGUUGGUUACUCCAUUGACUUUACAAAGAAAGAGAGCAAGAAUUGCUGAGAAAAAGAAAAGGAUUGCCAAGGCCAAGGCAGAGGCUGCUGAGUACCAGAAGCUCCUUGCCACAAGAUUGAAGGAGCAGAGAGAACGACGAAGUGAGAGCUUAGCCAAGAAACGGUCCAGGCUCUCUGCUGCUUCAAAACCAUCUGUUGCAGCUUAGAUCCAUGUUCUACUUGUGAGUUUUGAUAGCAAGAUGAAAUGCCAGCGGGUUUUUUAUUUGAUUUUUAAUAUCUUAACAGGCGUUUAGUUUGAUGGUUAUGGAAAUGCCUUGACGCUUAGUCUACUGAAUUUUUGUGUCCUGACAAUUUUCUAUAAUAUUAUAUUGGAUUUUGCA